AAAUAUACUCCUGCCUCUCUCGAUUGAAAGGCGGCAGAAACUCCCAAGCUAACAAUUACAAAGACAAACGAGUCAACACAGAUAGAGAGAUGAACAACUUUGGCAGAAGAAGUGAUGAUGAAGAAGAGAAGGGUCUUCUUUGGAAGCUUCCAGAAGUCAGGUUUAAAGACUUCGGCAAGGUUGGCCCAGCUUUCGGCCUCGGCGCUGGCUGCGGUGUUGGUUUCGGCGUUGGCCUUGUCGGAGGGGUUGGUCUGGGUCCUGGAAUUCCUGGAUUACAAAUGGGAAUUGGGUUUGGAGCUGGAUGUGGAAUUGGGUAUGGAUUUGGGUAUGGAAUAGGUAGAGGUGUAGCUCAUGAUGACAAGAGAAGAUACUCUAAUGUCGCCAAGUUCUUUCAUGGUCCCGGAAAUCUUCCAACCCAGGAUGAGAUGGCUGGCCUCAUUGAUGAGCUAGUCAUCAACACCAAGAAGCUGGUCCAAGCGACUUCUAGAGAAAUUGAGAAGUGGAGAAAAUAAGCUGAUUUUCUUGGGUUCUUGGUGUACACAUCUCAUUAUUAGGAACUCAUAGCCAUGAUGUUGCAGCUAGUCUGUGUGAAGCUAUGCUAUAUUUUGAUUCAAAUGUGUGCUAUCUAGUUAGGAAUGUACAGAGUUGCUACUUUUAUGAAAUUUAUGAAACCCAAUGUCUAUUUGAUUCAA